ACCAGGAAUUCGCCCACGCAGAAGGCCAGGCGUCUCGAAGCCCCAGGGUUAUGAGACCACAGCUGCUCAGGACUUGCUAACCAUAAAGGAACAGAAACAUGACCAAAUCGUACAGUGAGAGCGGGCUGAUGAGCGAGCCUCAGCCCCAAGGUCCUCCCAGCUGGACAGACGAGUGUCUCAGUUCUCAGGACGAGGAGCACGAGGCAGACAAGAAGGAGGACGACCUGGAAGCCAUGAACGCCGAGGAGGACUCGCUGAGGAAUGGGGGCGAGGAAGAGGACGAAGACGAGGACCUGGAGGAGGAAGAGGACGAGGAAGAGGAGGACGACGACCAGAAGCCCAAGAGACGCGGCCCCAAAAAGAAGAAGAUGACCAAGGCGCGCCUGGAGCGUUUUAAACUGAGGCGCAUGAAGGCGAACGCCCGCGAGCGCAACCGCAUGCACGGGCUGAACGCGGCGCUGGAUAACCUGCGCAAGGUGGUGCCCUGCUACUCCAAAACUCAGAAGCUGUCCAAGAUCGAGACGCUGCGCUUGGCCAAGAACUACAUCUGGGCCCUGUCGGAGAUCCUGCGCUCAGGCAAAAGCCCUGACUUGGUCUCCUUCGUUCAGACGCUUUGCAAAGGCUUAUCCCAGCCCACCACCAACCUGGUUGCGGGCUGCCUGCAGCUCAAUCCCCGGACUUUCCUGCCUGAACAGAAUCAGGACAUGCCCCCUCACCUGCCGACAGCCAGCGCUUCCUUCCCUGCGCAUCCCUACUCCUACCAGUCGCCAGGGCUGCCCAGCCCGCCCUAUGGUACCAUGGACAGCUCCCACGUCUUCCACGUCAAGCCUCCGCCGCACGCCUACAGCUCCGCGCUGGAGCCCUUCUUUGAGAGCCCCCUGACUGAUUGCGCCAGUCCUUCCUUUGACGGACCCCUCAGCCCGCCGCUCAGCAUCAAUGGCAACUUCUCUUUCAAACACGAACCGUCCUCCGAGUUCGAGAAAAAUUAUGCCUUUACCAUGCACUAUCCGGCAGCGACCCUGGCAGGGGCCCAAAGCCACGGAUCAAUCUUCUCGGGUGCCGCUGCCCCACGCUGCGAGAUCCCCAUAGACAAUAUUAUGUCCUUCGAUAGCCAUUCACAUCAUGAGCGAGUCAUGAGUGCCCAGCUCAAUGCCAUCUUUCACGAUUAGAGGCAUAUCAGUUCCACCAUUCCCAGGAAACAAAUCCACUGUACUUACAGUGACUGUGGUGUUUACAAAAGGCAGCCCUUCGGGUACGAUUGCUGCAAAGUGCAAAUACUCCAAGCUUCAAGUGAUAUAUGUAUUUAUUGUCGUUACUGCCUUUGGAAGAAACAGGGGAUCAAAGUUCCUGUUCACCUUAUGUAUUACUUUCUAUAGCUCUUCUAUUAAAAAAAAAAAAUACAGUGAGGUUAAAAAAAAAUGCACCACGAAUUUGGUGUAGCUGUAUUCAGAUCAUAUUAAUUAUCUGAUCGGGAUAACAAAAUCACAAGCAAUAAUUAGGAUCUAUGCAAUUUUUAAACUAGUAAUGGGCCAAUUAAAAUAUAUAUAAAUAUAUAUUUUUCAACCAGCAUUUUACUACUUGUUACCUUUCCCAUGCUGAAUUAUUUUGUUGUGAUUUUGUACAGAAUUUUUAAUGACUUUUUAUAAUGUGGAUUUCCUAUUUUAAAACCAUGCAGCUUCAUCAAUUUUUAUACAUAUCAGAAAAGUAGAAUUAUAUCUAAUUUAUACAAAAUAAUUUAACUAAUUUAAACCAGCAGAAAAGUGCUUAGAAAGUUAUUGUGUUGCCUUAGCACUUCUUUCCUCUCUAAUUGUAAAAAAGAAAAAAAUAAAGAAAAUUGCACAAUUUGAGCAAUUCAUUUCACUUUAAAGUCUUUCCUUCUCCCUAAAAUAAAAACCAGAUCCAUAACUUUCAAGAAAAUGAAAAAAAUAUCAAGAGAUGCUUUCCCUAUCAAAACAUAUCAAUUCAUUACUUGCACAAGCAUGUAUAUACAUAUUAUAAAUAAAUGCCAACAUACACUUCUUUAAAUCAAAAGCUGCUUGACUAUCACAUGCAAUUUGCACUGUUUAUUUUUAGUCUUUUACUCCUUUGCAUUCCAUGAUUUUACAAAGAAUCUGAAGCUAUUGAUGUUUCCAGAAAAGAUAAAUGCAUGAUUUUAUACAUAGUCACACAAAUGGUGGUUUGUCAUAUAUUCAUGUAAUAAAUCUGAGCCUAAAUCUAAUCAGGUUGUUAAUGUUGGGAUUUAUAUCUAUUGUAGUCAAUUAGUACAGUAGCUUAAAUAAAUUCAAAACAUUUAAUUCAUAAUUAGAACAAUAGCUAUUGCAUGUAAAAUGCAGUUCAGAAUAAGUGCUGUUUGAGAUGUGAUCCUGGUACCACUGGAAUCAAUCUGUACUGUAAUCUUGUUUGUAAUCCUGUAUAUUAUGGUGUAAUGCACAAUUUAGAAAACAUUCAUCCAGUUGCAAUAAAAUAGUAUUGAAA